ACCUCAUAAGAACUCACAAAAUUACAAAACUGCCAUGGCGGAGGAGGAGAAGGUGGUAAUGGUGACUGGAGCUUCCUCCGGCAUCGGUCGCGAUAUUUGCCUCGACCUCGCCAAGGCCGGCCGCUGUAAGAUCAUCGCGGCCGCUCGAAGGAUCGAUCGGCUCAAAUCGCUCUGCGAUGAGAUUAAUGGGUUCGGAUCAGGAUCCGGAUCCGAUAAGGUGCGAGCGGUGGCGGUGGCGCUCGACGUUAGCGCGGGAAGCUCGGAGGUCGAGGCUUCGGUCGAGAAGGCGUGGGGUUUCUGGGGAAAGAUUGAUGUUUUGAUUAAUAAUGCUGGCAUUCGAGGUGCUGUUAAUAAUCCACUUGAUUGGCCUGAAGAGGAAUGGGAUGACAACAUAAGGACUAACUUAACUGGAUUAUGGCUAGUAUCUAAGCAUGUUUGUAGACGAAUGCGUGAUGCAAAGGUUAAAGGAUCAGUCAUCAAUAUUUCGUCUAUUGCUGGUCUCGAUCGUGGGCAGCUGCCAGGUGCACUUGCCUACACUGCAUCGAAGAUGGGCGUAGUUGCUGUUACCAAGGUAAUGGCGUUGGAGCUUGGUCAGUACAGUAUCAGAGUGAAUGCGAUUGCACCCGGAUUGUUCAAAUCUGAGAUCACUGAAGGCCUAAUGCAUAAAGAUUGGUUGAAUAAUAUUGCCAUAAGAACCAUUCCCUUGAAAACAUUUGGCACCUCUGAUCCAGCGAUAACAUCUCUUAUCCGUUAUCUAAUCCAAGACUCUUCAGAGUAUGUCAAUGGAAAUAUCUUCAUUGCUGAUGCUGGAGCAACGCUCCCUGGUGUUCCCAUCUUCUCUUCCCUUUAAGAAGCUUUUACUUGCUUCUUCACAGUUUUCUUUUAUUUCCUUCAGAAAUUGUUCAGGCCGUCUAAAAUCCCCAUUAAAUUUUGUAUAUCCUUUACUUGGGAGUAGUUAAAUUUCGUA